GGAUAUUUCAUCACUCAGCUGGUGCUUGUAGACGUUUCAAUCAUGCAAAGCCUGCUUAAGGAGGCAGUGUACUAGUCAUAGUUUACAUUGGACGAUUCUUGGUAGGCGUUUCAUUAGAAGUGUCGGUAACACACAGUUGCUUUUUGUAAAUAGAAAGUACAAUUCAUUAUGGGAGACAGUGAAGACGAAUAUGACAAAAAAAGACGAGAUAAAUUCCAAGGUGAACGGAGUGAUUCAUAUAGGACUGAUAAACGCAAAGACGAUGACUGGGGAAGACCUAGGAUGAGGAAUGAUUAUCGCGAUAGGUACCAGUACCAAGGUGAUUUGCCACCAACCAAGCGGAUGAGAUAUGACUCGGAUGAUAUUAGGAGGAUGAGGUAUAAUGAUCCUGGGUAUGGUCCAUACAACAGUUGGGGACCUGAACCACCCUAUCCAGGAAAUUCAAGGUUAGGUGAAAUGGAUACACAGCCUCCAAUCAUGACUUUUAAAGCUUUUCUUCAGUCCCAAGAUGACAACAUAACUGAUGAAGAAGCGAUAGCUAAGUAUGCUGAGUACAAACUUGAAUUUAGGCGACAACAGCUGAAUGAAUUUUUUGUGGCUCAUAAGGAAGAAGAAUGGUUUAAACUAAAAUAUCACCCUGAAGAAUCUCUUAAAAGAAAAGAAGAACUUAAUGGUGCCUUAAAGAAAAGGUGCGAUGUUUUUCUUGAAAUGCUGGAAUCAAUGCGCAUGGAUGAUAUAAGAGUAGAUACAGAGCAAGGAGAUGAAGUUGUCAAACUUCUAGAUUCUGUAGUGAUUCGACUGGAAGGAGGGACUGACCUGGAUUUAACUAUUCUUGAUCAACAAGAAGGACAGAAGGAUGAGCAAAAAGAAAAGGAUAAGAGUGAUGAUAAACCUAAAGAAAACAAUAAGUCGGAUGAAGAAGAAGUAAAAAAGAAAGAAAAUGAAGAAAAUAAAGAUGAAAUUGUUAUUGAUGAAGAUGAUGAUCGUAAAGAGGAAGAAGAAAAGAAUGAAGUUCAUGAAUUGUCUGAAGAUGAAAGACCUCCAGGAGUUGAUCCUGAAAGUGAUAUUGAAAAGGAAGAUGUGCCUGCAGAGAAAGAAUCGCCACCAGAAAAAGAGGCACAAGCUGCUGAAGAAAAGGAACCAUCACCUGAAAAAGAGAAAAAAGAAGAAGUAAAGAAACCUAAAGAUGACCAAGAUUCUGACAAGGAUCAUGAUGAAGUUGUUCCAUUAACACCACGAGCACUACAUAAAACUUCCUCUAUUUUUCUUCGUACUAUUUCUCCUAGAGUUACCAAGGCUGAAAUUGAAUCGAUUUGUAAGAAGUACCCAGGGUUUCUCAGAGUAUCUCUCUCUGAACCUCAAGCAGAGCAGCACUGGUAUAGAAGAGGGUGGGUUACAUUUAGGCGGGAUGUAAAUAUAAAAGAAAUCUGUUGGAAUUUGAAUAACAUCAGAGUAAAAGAGUGUGAAAUGGGAGCCAUAGUGAAUCGAGAUUUAUCACGUAGAGUAAGAUCAGUGAGUGGACUGUCAGGACAUAAACAGGUUAUCUUGGCAGACUUAAAAUUGGCUGCAAAAAUCAUACAGGAAUUGGACUCAAGAGCUGGUUUCUGCAAUCCUGAUCAAAGUGAAACUUUUGGAUUGGAAUCGAGAAAUGCUGUUUUUAAAGGUAUUACUGAAUAUCUGGUUGAAGAAGCACCUGCAGAGGAAGAAGAACUUUUGGGUCAAGACAUUGUUACUGAUGAAUCCAAGUCUCGAAUAGCGGGUGCAAUUAAGAUUUUAGAUAAAUUGCUUCUCUAUUUGAGGAUUGUUCAUUCUGUUGAUUACUACAACACUUCACAAUAUACAUCAGAAGACGAAAUGCCUAAUAGAUGUGGUAUAAUGCAUUUAAGAGGACUGCCUUCUAGUACUGAGGUUUCACCUCAAGAAAUACAAGAAUAUAUAGACGGUUAUAAAACGAAACUUGAACCCUUAUAUACUCCCGUACCUACUGUUUCUGAACAAGAAUUAGCAUCAUUAGGUGCUAAGGAUAGAGAUACUGAAGUGGAGAAAUUCAUACAAGCUAAUACCCAGGAAUUAGCAAAAGACAAGUGGCUAUGUCCUUUAUCAGGAAAAAAAUUUAAAGGACCAGAAUUUGUCAGGAAACAUAUUUAUAAUAAAUUUGCUCAAGAACUUGAAGAAGUGAAGAAGGAGGUUGAUUAUUUUAAUAAUUACCUUCGAGAUCCAAAACGCCCACAGUUAGCUGAACAUCCUGGAAAUAGGGGUGGCAAGAAGGAGCCUGAAUCUCCUUACCAUUACCAGUAUGGGGGUGGUUUCAAACGUGGAUUUGGUCAUUUUGGUGGACAUGGUGGUUUCAACCGUGGACGAGGAGGUUUUGGAAGGGGAAGGGGUAUGGACUACAGGCCUAUUAUUACUUAUAGGGAUUUGGAUGCACCAUGUGAGCCUGAUGAAAUUAUAUAAAUGCAGUCUUACUUUUAUUUAUUAUAUAUUUAACUAUCUAUAUGUUUAAUAAACAUGAAUAUAAUUGUGAUUUGCAUUUAUACAUUUGUCUAUUGUUCUAUAUAACAAUUCUUUUUAUUAAAUCGACAAAAUUAUAUUUGCUUUUGGUUUUUUUGUACUCCUUUUAAAUUAAUGUUUUAAUUUGAUAGUUAAAAGAAAUGUGCUGAAAACCAAAGCAUUAUUAUUGCCCCCAGAAGAAAUUUCUUUAUUAUAUGUUUUGUUUUUUUGUAAAAAAAUAAAAUUAGCUUUUGUUAAAUAAAAUUUUACUUAUUGACAA